CUGCAGCCUGAGGGCUCAACAUGACGACACAUCAGAGCUGCUCCACGUGUCUCAACAGGAACAUGUUUCACCAGCACAGCUCUGUGAAAGCACACGGCAGAACCAGAGCUGAUGUGAGUUCAGACUCAGCUGAAGAACACGUCUGAGUUCUGGUAGAAGCUGACCCCAGAUCAGUUCUACGUCCAUCCAGAUCAUCUCUGACUGUUUCAGGUUUAUCAGCGAUGAGUGCAGAGCAGCUCCUGAACACUCUGGAGGAUCUGGUAGACGAAGAGUUCGAGAAGUUCAAGUGGUUCCUGCAGCAGAGCGACGGCGGCGUCCGGAGCAUCAGGAAGGUCCGACUGCAGAGCAGCAGCAGCAGGUGCGACGUCGUGGACGUGAUGCUGCAGACGUACGGACCUGAUGGAGCCCUGAAGGCCACCAGGAAGGUUUUAGAGAAGAUCUGCAGGAUCGACCUGCUGCUCAGUUUGUCUGACAGCAGCCCCGGACCAGAAGUCAGUGAUGGUGGACGGACUCCAAACCGCAGAGGACCUUCAUCCACUGAGGCUGGUCCUCGUCUUCCUCAGCCUGCAGCUCAUCGUGUUGGGUUCUCUGAUGAGGUGGUUCCGGUGCCGGAGCCUCGUCCAGUCGCAUUCUACCAAGAGAUGCUUCAAUCAACCUUCCAGGACAGGUUUCUGUGUUUACAAGAAGGUUGGGCAACAAACCAGCAGCGUCUGGUCGAUAUCUACACGGAGCUGUAUGUCACCGCCGGCCUCGACGUGCACGUCAACACGCAGCACGAGGUCCGGCAGAUCGAGAAGGCCUGGAAACCAGCGGACACAGAGAAACCGAUUAAAUCCAGAGACAUUUUUAAACAUCCCCCCGGACAAUACAGACCCAUCAGAAUGGUGCUGACCAAUGGAAUCGCGGGGAUUGGAAAAACCUUCCUUGUGCACAAGUUUGUGUUGGACUGGGCCGAACAAAGCUCCAAUCAGGACGUGCAUCUACUUUUCCCCUUUACUUUCCGUCAGCUGAACUCCCUUCAGGGAGAAGAGUUCACUUUGGCAGAGCUCAUCCACCGCUGUAUCCCAGAAAGCGUUAGCAUCACGGCAGAGGCUCUGGACUACAUCUUCACAGCGCUGCAGUCAUCCGGAAACAGCAACUACGACAAGAGCAGGUUCAAACUGCUGUUUGUGUUCGACGGCCUGGACGAGAGCCGCUUUCAUCUGGACCUUCGAGUCGAUGACGUUUGCUCCAUUGAUGCAACAAAGUCGACUAAAACAGAGGACCUUCUGAGGGAGCUCAUCGGUGGAAAACUGCUGCGCUCUGCUCGCAUCUGGAUCACCACAAGACCUGCAGCAGCCAGUCAGAUCCCUCCACAGCUGGUCAGCAUUACCACGGAGGUCAGAGGGUUCACUGACCCCCAGAAGGAGGAGUACUUCAGGAAGAGGUCCAGAGAUGAGCAGCAGGCCAGCAGCAUCAUCUCCCACAUGAAGACAUCACGAAGCCUCCACAUCAUGUGCCACAUCCCAGUGUUCUGCUGGAUCACUGCUACGGUUCUGGAGGAGCUGCUGGGAAGCAGAGAGGGAGGAGAGCUGCCCAGCACCCUGACUGAGAUGUACACAGAGUUCCUGGUGUUUCACAUGGAUCGUACCAAAGAGAAGUAUGGCUCAGAGAGUUGCAUCCUUUAUAUCAAGUCUUUGGCAAAACUGGCUUUUGAUCAGCUGGAAAAGGGCAACCUGAUCUUCUACAAGAAAGAUCUGAGACAGAGCGGCAUCGAUGUGAGCAAAGCCUCGGUGUGCUCAGGAGUGUUCACGGAGAUCUUCAAAACAGAGCGUGGACGGACAGACAGAGACAAGAUGUUCAGCUUCGUCCAUCUGAGCGUUCAGGAGUUUCUGGCUGCUCUUCAUGUGAGGAUGUCGCUCAUCAACCACAACAAAAAUGUGUUGCCGCCACCGCGACUGUCGCUACGCAACCUGCCACUGCUUUUAGGCAACAAGUCUGUGACAAAGAUCCACAGGAUUUCCAUUGACGAGGCCUUACGGAGUCCAAACGGACACCUGGACCUGUUCCUGCGCUUCCUCCUGGGGCUGUCCCUCCCAACCAAUCAGGAGAAACUACAGGACCUGCUGCCACAGACAGGAAGCAGCUCACAGACCAAUCAGAAAACAGUGGAGUACAUCAAGAAGAAGCUCAGCGAGGAUCUGAGCGCAGAGAGAAGCAUCAACCUGUUCCACUGUCUGAACGAGCUGCAGGACGGCUCUCUGGUGGAGGAGAUCCAACGGUCCCUGAGGUCCGGACGCCUGUCCACCGAGCAGCUGUCUCCGGCUCAGUGGUCGGCGCUGGGCUUCAUCCUGCUGUCGGCUCAGAUGCACCCGGACGACUUUGACCUAAAGGACUAUUCUGCCACCGAGGAGGCUCUGCUGAGGCUGCUGCCGGUGGUCCGAGGCUGCAACCGAGCAGUGCUGACUCUGUGUAACCUCUCAGAGAGGAGCUGUGCAGCUCUGUCCUCCGUCCUCAGCUCUCCGUCCUGCAGCCUGAAGCUUCUGGACCUGAGCAACAACCAGCUGCAGGACUCAGGAGUGAAGCAUCUUUCUGCUGGACUGCAGAGUCCAAACUGCAAACUGGAGACGCUCAGGAUGUCAGGUUGUCUGAUCACACACGAGGGUUGUGUGUUUCUGGCCUCAGCUCUGAGGUCCAACCGUCACCUCACAGAACUGGACCUCACAUACAACCACCCGGGGGAGUCGGGCAGCAGGCUGCUGGCUGCUGCACUGAAGAACCACACCUGCACACUCAGGCUGGACCACGGAGGAGAGCGCUGGCUGAGGCCCGGUCUGAGGAAAUACGCCUGUGAACUCAAACUGGACCCGAACACAGCGGGCGGAAACCUGCGGCUGUCUGACGGCGGCGACGGGGCGGCGUGGGUGGACCAGGAGCAGCCGUACCCGGAUCACCCGGACCGGUUCAAGCCCUGGAGCCAGCUGCUGUGUACAACUGGUGUCACUGGGCGCUGUUACUGGGAGGUGGAGUGGGACGGCUGGGUUUAUGUGGCGGUGAGUUACAGAGGAAUCCGGCGGAGAGGACCCAGCCGCGACUGCUGGUUCGGAUUCAACGACCAGUCGUGGAGUCUGAGGUGUUCCGGCGAGGGUUUCUUUGCGUGGCACAAUGACUCGAGGACGGAGCUGCCCUCGGCCCCGGUGUCCCACAGAGUGGCUGUUUAUGUGGACCAUCCUGCCGGAACCGUGUCCUUCUACAGAGUCUCUGACUGUCUGACCCACCUCCACACCUUCAGCUCCACCUUCACCGGGCCUCUGUACGCCGGCUUCAGGAUAACAGGCGACUCCUCGGUGUCGCUGUGUUCGCUGUAGGACGAGGAGCUGAGCAGCGACGCUUCUGUGUGUCGCUGACAAGGUCAAGACAUGCAAACUCUCACUGACACUGAAGCUGUGCUCAUUUUGAGAUGUGUUCACGCAAACACUCCAGGAACGAGUGUUUCUAAUAAGAUGUCCAUAAGUCAGUGGAACGACCCGGGUUCUCCACUGAUUAGAACUUCUGUACUCAUGUAGAACUGCUGCUCAUAGAAAGUUUGUUUUCGUCUUGUUUCUUUAAAAAGGAGGUUCAUGGGCCGCCGGUACAGCUCAGCUGGUUGAGCCGGCGACCCGUGUACCGGGCCUGUAGUCCCCGACGCAGCGGCCGUGGGUUCGGAUCCAGCCCAUGGCCAUUUGCUGCAGGUCCCUCCUCCAUUCUUCU